AUUACGCCAUAUAUUCCGAGUGGUCUGUUUAUAAUGUUGCUCGUGCAUUUAUAAAUAUAUACAUAAGAGUGUCAAAAAUAUAAAUGCCAUCCACACGCAUAUGACGUUCACCAAUAUAAAAUGUGGCUCAAAAGACACCGACUUCGCGAUUUUCAAAAAAUGCCUCAUUAAGGCUGUGAAUCGUACACAUAAGUACUUGGAUGUUUAUGUAAAUCUGUAUAAGUUGCCGAUCGACAAUAUAACAAUUUCGUUUAGGCUUAUGCGUCAUGAUCACGGCUAUAAACCAUUUUUCUUUGACUACACCUUCGAUGGAUGCAAGUUCCUUAGAAAUCAAAAGCAUCCGAUUAUAAAACUGUUUUAUAAAAUUUACAAAGGCAGUUCCAACAUCAAUCACACGUGUCCGUAUGACCACGACAUCAUUGUGGAUCAUCUUUGGACGGGAAAUAUAGAAACGGAUUUCUUGAAAUACAUACCAAUGAUAAAUGGCGACUAUGCCGUUUAUAGCAAUUGGUCGACUGAUAACAUUAUUCGGGCAUAUCUGAAUCUGUACCUUAGAGUUACGGAAAGACACAGCUAAAUUGUACAGAAAGAACCAAGUGGAUACAUUGCACAAUUAUUAAUGCAUAUAACACU